AUGGAAGUUAUGCCACCUCCUUAUGUUGAUGCGAUGAAAGACCAAUAUACUGCGAAACCUGCAAAAAUAGUUGUGGCUAGGCUACUAACUAGGAUUCUUCUAGGGGCAUUGGAGGAAGCAUGCAUUGAUCCAAAUGGUGAAAAAGCAGAAAGAGGUCCAGGAGCUAUUAAGUCGUCUGGGUUUGGAGGGCUUGGAUUGGAAGGAAUAGUGGGAAUGUCAGAGCCAGUUGGAGUCGGCAACACACCACCAGGAGAAGGAAACAGCGGAGCAAUGUCUGGGGACAAUUCUUUGAAAGGGGACAGUGAAGAUGGAGGAGGAUCUGAUAGUGCUGCUGGUGAAGAUGAGAGUGUGGGAAGUUUUGGAAUAGGCUGUGAAUAUGAUGAAUGCAGAGGUGAAGGCAUGAAAGUUAAGAUGGUCAUGAGUGUUAUAUAAACGUUGUGUAAUGCCAUUCUGAAGGUGAAGAAAAGCUAACUUACACUACCUGCAAAUGGAUAUAAUUGUGUAAGGAUAUUUGAGGGAGAGGGAGAUAUGUGGGCAGUUAGUGGGUAUAAUUAUGGCAAGGCUUUUAAAUCGUCAGUCUCCUAAGUCUGCAG